CGAGGCUCUGGCGGUGGCGCCAUGGACAAGAACCCUGACCUUACGUUCGAGGCUUCGCCGGACGUCGAGGUAGUCAGGAGCUUUGAUCAGAUGGGCAUCCGCGACGACCUCCUCCGCGGCAUCUACGCCUACGGCCUCGAGAGUCCGUCCGCCGUCCAGAUGCGGGCCAUCCUCCCCAUCAUCAGCGGCCGUGACCUGAUCGCCCAGGCGCAGUCCGGCACCGGGAAGACCUCCAUGAUCUCGCUCGCCGUCUGCCAGGUCGUCGACACCACGGUUCGCGAGGUGCAGGCACUGAUAUUGUCGCCAACUCGAGAACUGGCUACACAGACAGAGAAAUUCAUGCAGGCUAUUGGCCAAUUCAUGAGCGUACAAGUCCAUGCUUGUGUUGGCGGCAACGCAAACAGUAUCGGUGAGGACAUUAGGAAGCUCGACCACGGGGUGCAUGCUGUGUCAGGAACGCCAGGCAGAGUCUGUGAUAUGAUCAAGAGAGGGUCCUUGCGUACAAGAUCAAUCAAGCUCCUAGUCUUGGACGAAGCGGACGAGAUGCUGAAUAAAGGGUUUAAGGAACAGAUAUAUGAUAUCUACAGACAUCUUCCCCCGGAGCUCCAGGUUGUCUUGGUCUCCGCAACUCUGCCCAAUAACAUUUUGGAGAUAACCAGCAAGUUUAUGACCGAUCCGGUCAGGAUCCUUGUAAAGCGUGAUGAGUUGACUUCAGAGGGCAUCAAACAAUUCUUUGUUGCUGUCGAAAAAGAGGAAUGGAAGUUCGAGACACUAUGUGAUCUCUACGACACGCUGACAAUCACCCAGGCCGUAAUUUUCUGCAACACUAAGAGGAAGGUCGAUUGGUUGACUGAAAGGAUGCGCACGAACAAUUUCACAGUAUCGGCUAUGCACGGUGACAUGCCUCAGAAGGAAAGGGACGCCAUUAUGGCCGACUUCAGGUGUGGCGCAACUCGCGUCCUAAUCACGACAGACAUGUGGGCGCGAGGGCUGGAUGUUCAGCAGGUCUCUCUCGUCGUAAAUUAUGAUAUCCCAAACAAUCGUGAGCUAUACAUCCACCGCAUUGGGCGAUCUGGACGUUUUGGGCGCAAGGGUGUGGUGAUCAAUUUUGUACGCAAGGAGGACAUCUGCUCAUUGAGAGAUAUUGAGCAAUUCUACAGCACGCAAAUUGAUGAGAUGCCAAUGAAUGUGGCGGAUCUGAUUUGA